AUCUAUGAUGGAGAGGAGAUCACCAGAAGGAACCCCUGUUAUAAAUAUUAAUAUAACAGAAACAGAACGAGGACAAAGACAUUUCUUCAGCUCAAAGCGACAGAAAUGAAAUUCCAUUGGUCCAUUCUUUUGCUUCCGAUUGUUGUAAUUGCUAAUUUAAAGUUAAAAAAAGACUUACGGCGGGUUUUGUUUAUGUGUACUUCUGUAUGUAUUAAUGUGAGCGCAUAAUAAUACACUACAUUGUCUCAAGAUGACACCACUGAAUUUAUAAUUUCUCAACUCCUGAUCACUCCGAAAUGGCGGAGCCCCAUGUCACCAUCACCCUCGAGCGCUCUGGCCAGAUGAUGAAGAGAGGGGGAAGCAAACGAUUUACGGGCUCUGAUCGGUUGUUGUCUGUGAACAAAAGGAACCGAGUAUAUCAUACUAAGUGGAGCCACAAUGCCAAAACUGGUUCUUCGAUUGAAACUAUUGUGGAAAAGGCAUAUUGAAGAGCAGCAGAAGAGACACAUACAUGAAAAAAUGACCAAUGCUAAUCUGCUGCAACACCACCCUCAAGCAAAGGGAACUCACCUUUUGAGGCAGUUUCCCCCAACAGAAAUUUUGAAUGAUUUCUAUCCUGAGGACUCAUUCUCUUCUCAGACCAUGGAUAGAUCAAGGGCGAGAUCUCCAGGUAGAAAUUGGACCACUGUGGGAUUCUUACCUCCAGGAAGUUUUAAUGUGCUGCAACAAGUGCCAGCCAUAAGAGUAGAUGAUGUUUCAAGAGCUGGACAGUUUUUUAGCAAUGAAGUUGUUGGUGCUUCUAGGCAGACAGCUCAUAUAGCAGCUCAAAUGAACUACCCAGUUGUACCAAGCGCUGGCUUCAUGCGAAAGAGUGCUCUAAUGGGUGUGGAACAUCUCACAGUUGCUCCGGUAUUGGAAUCACUUGGUUUGAGGAAAUAUGCAAUUACUUUCCAGGCUGAAGAAGUAGAUAUGCAUGCAUUGAAGCAGAUGAGUGAUACGGACCUUAAAGAACAGGGGACCCAGGAAGAAGAUUUUGCUUGCAGUUAAGCGGCAUCCCAAGCAACUAUAAAAGGCUGUGCAUUGAAAAGAGUAUAUCUAAUGUUUGUAUUUUUGGGAACUUAGGUGAAGGAUAUAACAUAGUUCUGAUAGGGCUGCUGUUAUUGUUUAUGCUUUGAGACAUCUUUGAAUAAAUGAAUUAUUAGAAGAAUGUUAAUAAUCUGGAAUUAGAGAUUGAUUGCCUUGAUGAUAUGUGGAGCAGAGUUUGGAUAAAUAAAUUUGUCAAAUAUAUGUUGCCGGUUAAUGUCUUU